AUGCAUAUCAAAUAUACUUUACUAGAAAUAAUAUUACAAAAUUAUAAAGUCAUUAAUGAGUAUAAAAGUAAUAAAGAAGAAACAAACAAGGGGCAUAAAAUAACAGAAACAGAUAAUAAAAAUGAUAAUCAAAUUGAUCAUAUUCUUAUAAAAUAUGUUGAUAUUUUUAGAGAAAAACAAGAAUAUGCUACAAGAAUAAACACUAAAGAAAUACUUUUAAUAGAAUUAAACUUGAAAGGAGAAAUAAGAGAAAGUGAAAUGCUAAUAAGAAAAAAAACAACUGCUAUGCAAAUACAAUAA